UCUCCUCUUCUCCAUUGGAGCCCCAAGACCGAGCUUCAAAGAGGGCCGAGGGGACGAGGGAGAGGGCCCAUCCCAUUUACAUUCUUUUGUUCUUCUUCUCCGGAGAAUGCUGGAUGUUGUUGUUUCUCCUCAAUCCAACUCUCUGGUCACAGUUUUUUGCCUGGUCUUGGGAUUAUAGUUGUGUAUAAAUACUAUGCAAAAUAGUUAUUAGCUUUUAUAAAAUUGAAACUUCAUCAUGGGCGCCUGUGUGUCGAAAUCAAAUGGAAGGCCAAGAUCAUCUAGGAAGAGGCUAAGAAGCAGACAAUGUCACAGUAAGAUCUCUGCUAGUAUUCCUGGUUCACCGAAAGGUAAGGCUGGAAAGAAUGGAAAUCGCACAACCGAUUUUGCUUUGAGUGAGUUCCAUGUUGAGACUGCCGGCACAACUCUUCGAAAAUCUGAGGUUUCCAAUUUAACUUUUCACCUUACUCAAAUGCAGUGGCACCAUCAAAAGGACAUCAACGGUGUAUGCCAUGAGGAAGCAUGGUUUGAUUCUUUAAGCAUUCUCGAGUCUGAUUCCGAUGAUGAUUUCAGCAGUGUUCAUGGAGAUUGCUUUCCGGUUACCAGCAAUACAAUUGGGGCUCAAAUGCUACAAUAUGAAAAUGCUUCGCGCUUUGUGGGUGCUAUGUGUAAGUUUGAUGACCUUUGUGAUAGACCUUCAAGAGCUUCGGCUCUUGAUAUGUAUAUAAGAAGAGACGGAGCUAAAACGGAUAAAGUUCCAAAUAAGGAGCUUCCAUUAGGUAGGCUCGACACUACGGAAAUGCCUAACAAGAAAAAGCGGCUGAUAGAGUCAUAUGGCAGCUUUAAAGGUUUUAAAGACGAUAAGCAGGACUCAGUAGAGAAGUCUCAUCGUCUGGUUCCUUGUGUUAGUUUUAAUGACAAACUGCAGCAAAUCCCGAAUGCUAGCCCUCCAUGUCAGAAAAGAAAAUCGGCAGUAAUCAGACUUUCUUACAAGAGAAAGUCCUAUGAUGGUGCAGAAGCGACAGAAUUCUGUGCUUCAAAGAGAUACUUGUAUCGCCCCAAAGGAGGACUUUUGAUUCCUUGUGCUCCCGGGGAGAAACCAACAGCGGGAUGCUGGUCAUGUCUUGAACCUUCGAACUUUAAACUUCGCGGCGAAAGCUAUUUCAGGGAUAAGAAGAAAAUUUCCGCUCCGAAUCACACCCCGUAUCAUCCAAUUGGUGUAGAUUUAUUUAUGUGCCCAAGAAAAAUUAAUCACAUAGCUCAACACAUUGAACUUCCAUCAGUGAAACCACAUGAUAAAUUUCCAUCACUCUUGAUUGUUAAUAUCCAGCUGCCUACUUAUCCUGCUGCCAUCUUCCUUGGUGACAGCGACGGGGAAGGAAUGAGUCUUGUAUUAUACUUCAAAAUUUCUGAAAAUUAUGAAGAUGAAGUGUCAGCUCAUUUUCUUGAUAGCAUUACGAGAUUCAUCAACGAUGAAUGUGAAAGGGUAAAAGGUUUUGCAAUGGACUGUACUAUUCCUUAUAGAGAAAGAUUGAAAAUCAUCGGUGGCAUAGUUAAUCCAGAGGAUCUUCACUUAAGUUCAGCAGAAAAGAAGCUUGUAAAUGUUUAUAAUGAAAAGCCUGUUCUUUCUCGCCCUCAACACAACUUUUACCGGGGUGCAAAUUACUUUGAGAUCGAUCUGGAUGUGCAUCGUUUCAGCUACAUAUCAAGAAAGGGACUAGAAUCAUUUCGAGAACGCUUGAAGAAUGGAACUAUUGAUCUUGGCCUAACAAUUCAAGCACAGAAACAAGAGGAACUGCCGGAGCAGGUCUUGUGCUGCGUGAGACUGAACAAGAUCGAUUUUGUUGAUCAUGGACAGAUACCAACAAUCGUCACACUCGAAGACUGAUAACAAGCACGGAGUUGUCAUCUUUCGGCAAACAUUGCAAAAGCUCAUCAGGCAAACAAUCUCCUCAUGCUUCAGUUCUGCAACAUCUUAUUAUGCAUGCUCAUGUAUCUAUAUAAACUCUUCUAUACAUUAUAUGCACUGUAAUAAGUUUGUUUUCUUUCGUUGAACUAAUGAUCCUCAAUAACUUGCAAAUCAAACAGUAUUUUA